UAUUAAGGUGGGUUUCCUCGCAUGUGUAUCUUUGCAUUUGUGUGAAGCUAGAAUUAGGCAUCCGAAACUGGAACUGCUUGUUUUUUUUUGUUUUUUUGUUUUUUUUGAGGUUUAUCAAAAGUAAGUCUCAGCUCCCCCCGCCAUGUUUUAGAAUCCUCAUAUUAGCUCAUGUUAGCAACCUGUCCUUCCACUUAGUUGCUUGGGGAUGUGUUGUUCAGACCAAUGCAGACACUUCUUUCAACAGAUACUUGUGGCCAGGAGAGUAAAUGUUGGGAAGGUUAUUUUCCAUGGCUCUGCGGUUUGGAUACAGGCCCUCACCAUGGAGGAAGAAUAAGGUAUUCUUGUGACAGUUUUAUUUACUUAAAACAGCCACACACUUCACUGAGCUAGAAUAAGGUAUUUAAUACAGUAAUAAAAAAAUAUCUACUGUAAUUAAAAAUACGAAUAGUGUAAUGCACUAAAAAAUACCUUUAGCUUAUUCUUUGUUCAGAAACAAGGGUGUUGCAUAAUCAGGCUUGAAAGAUAUAUGAUUAAACCUUCUGUACUGACUAUAUGAUCUCAAGGUCCAGAGAGUUAAUUCUACCUCCCAAGCCUCCUGCCUCUUACAACCUUUCCUUGCUGUUUUGUACGGGAGGCAAUCAAAAGGGGCUAAAAUUUGAAAAUGUGGCAUGGAAGAGACGAGAGCUAAUCUGAAUGGUUCAUGUGGUUUUUACAAGAUUGAAAGCAGACAUGAAAAAUAAAGUCUCACUCUCUUUAUUCCAUUUUCCUUUUCAUUGUGUUAAAAGACCUUAUUUUUUCUUUUUGUUUCUUUUUAUUUUUAAUAUUUUUUUAAGUUUAUUUAUUUUUGAGAAAGAAAGCAUGUAAAAGCUGAUGGGGGCAGGGGCAGGGAGAGAGAGAAAGAGAGUGAGAGAGGGAUGGAAUCCCAAACAGCCUCCACACUCUCAGCACGGAGCCCACUGUGGAACUCAAACUCAUCAACCUGGUAAGAGCAUGACCUGAGCUGAAACUAAGAGACGCUCAACCAACUGAGCCACCCAGGCACCCCAGGCUUGGUUAUGUUUUUUAAACCAUGAUAUGCCAGUAUGGUUAGAAUCAUGUUUGUCUAAGUUCUUUUAAAAUAAAGAAAUAGCUCCUCGGGUCUGUUUCAGUGAGGUUCUUUCAGGUUGCAGGAAGCCAAGAAGUGCUCAGAGUUAGUUACCUCAAUUGACUUUAGAUUAUGAAAAUUUAUGGUAAGGAUACAAAGAGAAGGAAGGAAGUCCAACCACCAUGUCCACAGCCAGACAACGCAGCCACAUGGAAAGUGAGAAUAUCGCUGAGGACAUAACAAUAGCUGAUUUUGUCAUCCCUCAAAAGUAAACCCCCGGUGUUUCCUUAUCCACUGGGUCUCCAUUCCUAGGGCUUAGAUCCUCUCAGGUUUUCUUUCUCUUUCCAGUUGCUGCUCCUGGGUAGCGUCCUUCUGGACAGGGCACUAUGAUUUUCGCUCCCUAACGUCCUCUCCUUCCUUGGAGCUUCUUCAUGCUACUCUGUGUGUCUCUGGUUUCCCGUCCAUUCCAUUUCUGCUACCAGCCUGCUGCGCCUUGCCUUCAGAUGUUCCAAACAAUAAGGCCCCUUAAUUGUAGCUGGUUCUUCUCCAAUAAAAAUUGGGAAGGAGUUCUUCCUCCAGCACAUCUCCUGUUGCUGGUUUUGGUUCAGUCUCUCAUCCAAUUAAUUGUGGCCAGAAUUCAGAAUUACCUGUUACAGACCUGUGGGAAAUGUAUUUCUUUUAAACAGACAGACGCCCUUUUGAAGCUGUUACCUCAAACAGAGCUGUGGACGUGGUAGAGACACAACCUUUUAUGUACCUUUUAUGUAAGAGUGUGUACCAACCCAGAGCUACCAAAAAGAGAUAAACAAAAACCAUUGCCACUGACUGCAAGAUAAAGGUCAGCAGAAAGGCUGGGUGAGCAUUCAUUGUUGUGACUUCAAGGGACACAGCAAACAGUCCCCCUCCUCUCGACCCAUGUUCAAGAAGCCAUUGACAAACAGCCGAGUCAGGCAGAUGGAGACCAAACUGUCAGUCCGGGGGCUGAUAAAAGUGCCUUGGGUGACUGUGUAGGUUUGAGGUCAAGAGAAAUUACUCCAUAGGUUUGCCCUCCUGACAGUGGUCAGCACUGGCCACCUGCAAGCCUCUCCUGAGGUGGGACUGCCCUAGCCACAAACAAUUUGGAGUCUGGAAAAGCAGAGAAAAGCAUGCUCUUGUGUAGGCAACGAUUCUGAAUGGAGGUUGGAAAGGAGCUGAACCAUACGUGCCCUAUUUCUGUCCUCAAAGUCGGCAAUCAGUUAAGUCACUGGGCUGACUCCUCAGUAAGCUUCUCAUCAGGAGAGGAAUGUGUGAGGGACGAACAGCUUUAUAAAUAUUUCUCCAUGGAAGAUCCCUCCCCAUGGAAAACUUUAGAGCAGGGGAAGAACAUCUCCCUUGCAUUUAAUGAUAGUAGUAUUCAAGGUGUUGAUAUGUGGGCCUAGCCUCCAGCCUGUUAUAACCAAAUAGGCUUCAGGGACUAGAUAAAGGUGAUGUUUUGUAAAGGCAAAGAGACUCCAGAUGGCCAAAAGCAAAUGACUAAAAGGAGGACACAUUCUGUGCAAAUGCAAGUGAGGCGAUAUGUGCAGGUGAGGUCUGGGAUGUAGCUGUCUGGGGGGAUCUUAGAGUAGACAUGAACGGUCAGUGGGAUUGCAAGGGAGGAGUGGUUAUGAAGUCAGGGUCAACUGAAUAUGGGAGAUAGGAUUUCUGUCCCAAGGUUUCCAAGUUCACAAAUUCUUUAAGGUAGGGCUGUGUUCUUCUCCUUUUUCUAGUGCCUCAUCCUUGGCUCUAGAUCCAUGUUCCGCUGGUACUUAGUUUCCACUAUACCUUCAAAAGAAUAACAAUUCUAUACCACUGUUGGGUGCCACCCCCGCCAGGCUUAUGUUCACUGAAAGACAGUGUGGGCCACGUGAUUACUCCCAGUGUUCACAUAUAAACAAAAGCUCGUGUGGGCUUGCCUCCAAUGUUGGUAUCACAUCACAACCUUGUUCCUUUAUCUGCAAUAAGAUGUGCCAACUUUGACAGAUUUUCAGGUGAUUUUGUAAAACCAUUUUGGCCAAUCCAGGCGUUAGGAGGAAUGCUUUCUGAUGUGCAGUCUUUGUGAAAUUUAGUUGGCAUCUAACGUGGAAAAUUUCCCAUAAGUCGCGAUGAAUAAAGGAAAUCACCAUCAUCAGUAAAGAUUUAUAUUUCAAGUAAUGUUCACACCGUAAUGACUCUUUAAGGUAGAUAAGGACACUUUUUUUGUACUUGCCUUUUUUACAGGUUAUAAAGCUAACAGCCAAAGAGGUUUGAUUAAAACUCAUAAAGUAAAAUCCUCACAGGAGGAACUGGCUUCCUGGACACUUCUACAUUGCUUGUACCAUAACAUCAAAUGCCAGGUUCCUCACAGGUGGCCCUCCAUACACAAAUAAACCUAUGCGUAUAGGGCAAGUGAGCUCCUGCCCAAGUAAACAUUCCUUCAAAACACCAGCAUCCCAUAGGAUGAAAUAGCAAUACGCACAAAUGCAUCAUACUGUACAAAUAUCUGGUAAACAGAAUUGAUAUAGCAAUGUGCCCAUUAGAAAGCAAUUAUGGGAUAUUAUUAGAGCUUUGAUAACUUUUAAAAGGUUUUAUUCUAUUCUGUUCAUUCAAAGCUAGUAUUUCUAAUAGCUCUCUUAAAAUCCUGAGUAGUAUUUUUAUUUGUUCAUAAAUAUGUUGUCAAGUGUAUAUUGUGUCUUAGGGUUGGGGAGAAAGAAUUCGAGGAAUCAAAUAGAAAUAAAAAUGUAUUGUUGGAAAACAUAUGGAAGUUCCUUUACUCACAAACUUCCAAACUUUUGCAGAUAUGGACAAAGCUGUUGGCCAGAGUAUGCAAGUCAUUUCUACCUGCUACUAAAAGGUGGUGUGGGUGGGAGAUUAUAUACCGAGGCCCAGGGUUUAGAGACAAAGCAGUUAUGGAGUAGUUCUUAACCUGUAUGCGAGAAUGGGAGCUUUUGUAAUGUAGUUAAUAGAACUUUCCAUAUGAUGCAAAAGGAUUAAUAAGAUUUAACUUUAUAUUCUUGGUGACUUCUCCACUAGCCAAGAUCUCUGAUGAAGAACAAUUAGAAAAUUAUAGAAUUGUGUUUCUUUUCAUUCUUCCCUUAUAUGAUUAUAAGGGGCUUAUGUCUUGAUUGCUUCUGCUAAUAAUAAGUAUGUUAGAAUCUCAUGGGAGUUUUGGAAUAUCACGCAUCUUGAUUUUCACAUGGAGGAGCAGGACUCCACAAACAACUUUUCUGUGCUUUGAGUCGUUUUAUAUGUAAAAGAAUAUUGUUUUGAAAAUGAGCCUUGAUGGUGAUGGUGCCUUUUGAAUCUGGGUCAUAUUUCAUAUGUUAGCUUUAAUAGCUAUUCAAUGAUCAGAUUUUGGUGAUAUCACAGUCACAUCUCUGAAAGUAUUGUCUGUGUUUUGGCUUCCUUCCUAUUGCCAUACAUACCACAUUCCUGGGUUUUUCUGCUGGGCUCAAAAAGUCAUGCUCUCUCUUUAUGUAAAUUACACCAAGAUUGCCACUAAUCAUAUUCGGGAAGCUGACGAUAAUAUAUGCUUGAGUUAUGGAGUUUUUUUAAUAUCAUGCCGUGAGAUACGAUGCCAAAUCAGGUCUCUUUUUGCUUUUAAUUAGUCAGCAACAUUUAUUUAAUGCCUACUAAGCUCAGAGCAAGGAGAGUGGGGAGUGGAGAAGGGCAGAAAGUAGAUCUAAACACAAAUAGACUAUCAUCUCCAGAAUAGCUUUCAGUGUCUUUAUGAAUACAGAAAACAGAUAAACGAAAGGAUUAAGAAAACUUAAAAGCAAAAUCUAAAUGAGUGCAAAUUGGUCUGGUAAAAACUGAGUUAUAUAAAUGCAAAGAGGAUGCAAAUUAGGGAAACUGGAAGUUCAGUGUCUAAAACUGCUCCCUUUCUACUUUUAUUUUCAUAAUACUUCGCCAUGAGAAUUGUUAGAAGUCACAGCACCAUACACUUCAGGGAGGAGAAUUUCCUGGUUCAGUUGUACUGUUUAGAGAAGUGAACCCAAUGCUUGGUACUUUCUGGAGAGUUGAAGCUGCAGUUUUCUGAGUCCCUGUUCAUCUUUCCUCGUUAUCAUUAAAACUCCUGUAACCUUGCAUAUGUCGCUUAACCUCUCUGUGCCUCAGUUUCCACAUCUGUAACACAAAGAUGGUAAUAGGGCCUAUCUCAUAGGUUGGUUAGAGGAGUAUUAAAUGUGUAAAACUGUAUUCUAGUCUUUGAAGCACCUUUUCCCCCCAUUAAUUUCUUUGAGAUUGAAAUGCAUCCCAUAAUCGAUAUGAUGAGAAAUCAUUGCGUUACAGAUUAACUGGCACCAACUAUGUCUGUCUUGGUGGUAAAAAAUAGUGAAUCUUAUGGACAAAGGCAUCAUACUGCAUGUGUACAGUGCUUAUUAGAACAGAGCCUGGCAUACAAUAGGUCUUGUAGAGUGAUACUUUUAUCAUUUUCUGAAUACCAUAUUUGUGGCUUAUAUUGGCUCCUAACCUUAGAGAUGUGUGCAGUAUGAGACAGAUAUACUUAGAAUUCUUGGUCUUUGGUCAAGUAAAUAGGGCCUGGAAGAGUUACCGGUGACUUCACAACUGGUAAACAACAGAUCUAGGUUAUAAACUCAGGCUGUUUUAUGUAUUCUUCAUCCAUCACGUCCGAGUCCUACUAUGUUGUAUGAACUUUGAGUACUAGGGUUGAGGGAUAACCAAGGCCGGGGAGCUUCUUUCUCUGGCUGAACUGAAAUGCCCGAAGAGAAGCUAGGGGAAUGUAAAGACAUAAACAGUAAGUCAGUAAGCAAAGUCAGGGAGUGAAAUAGAAUAAAAGGGGCAGAUGCGGGGUAUAUGGAAUAACGUUUGCUGGGAGGAUCAGGUAAUGCUUCUCAGAGGAGCUGACUUCUGAAAUGACACCUCAGCAUGAAACUGAGACCUCUCUCCUGCAGAACAAUGAAGAAGCAGGAAGGAGCUUGAAUCUUUAAAGAACUAGAACGAGCCAAGGUGGGCCAUGGGAAUAGAUGCCUUCAGUCCUAUGACGGGAGAUAGAUACUUGUGAUUUUAGGCUUCAGAUUACCUAUGCUGAGUUUUCUCUCUGAGGAGCAAAGAAUCCGGGUGUUCUUUACCAUACCUUUAUAAGCUUGUGCUUUGGGGGUACUUUAGGGACGUUCUUGCAUUCUGAAGAGAGAGAAGUGAGCACACGGUAUGUUUUCUUUUCUACAUGAGUAUGCUGAAGAACGGAGAUAUGAUUUUUCCUAGUCAGUUUUCCAAUUAUCCUACAGUUCUACCGAUAGCUAGUUGAGUCACAUACUUACUCCUAGGUGUCAAUUUUGGAGGGUUUUUAAAGGCUUAAAAUCUUCCAAGUGGAAAUUUCCAAUACUAUGAAUCCUUAAGUUGUAACUCUUCAUAGUCUAUGGAUUUGUUCCAUAAAAGAAAUCAUUAGUGAUUAUUUUCUACUUCUGUGGUUCUUUAGUAUUGCCUCUCGUGGUGUCAGCCAUUUAGAAAUAUCAAUUCUCUCUUGAAAUAGCCCAUCAAAUGAUGACUCAUGUCAAGCCAAGAGUUUAUUUAUGCCUCUUUUCAUGAUUAGCAACACCUGUUUAAUCUAAUCACACACAUAUAUAUGUAUACACACACACACACACACACACACACACACACACACACACACACUGGUAAUCUAUUUAUGUCCAAAUUUAUUUCCAACUUUUAUUUCCAGUAUUUGGUGCCUGCAUAGUUCAUAGUCAUAACUCUAAAUCUGGCUUCAGCUGUGACAUAAAUCUUUCUAAGUCAGACACCUUUAAUGACAUUAAUUUAGGUGGAGGUAGUCUUUGGGGAUCCUAUCUGCAUAAUCAUGCGUAAUUUACUUUUUUACUGAACCCAACUUUUUUUAUUUAUAAAAUGUGGAAGUUGAAAUAAAUGAAUUUUCCAGCUCUGUGAUUUAUAAUGUCACUAUCAAUUUAUCUACUGAGGAGCAUCAUAGAAAUUGGUCAUUGGUAGAAAGUGUUCAGUGGCUCAGAAUCUGGCAAAACAUUUCACUUUUAUGAAAUUUCAGCAAAUAUAAUUGAGCAUUUUGUGUGUACCAGGCUCCAUAAUAAGAAUGCAAACAUGUAAGACCUUUUUCCAGCAACUGGGAGGUGAACUUGGUAACUCAGAAUUUUCUUAUAACAGUUUUUUUUUUUUUUUUUAGAUUUCACUUACCAUAUAAUUCACAGACUGAAAUUAUUUCUGAAGGAGAUAAUCAGUACAUUCACUCAACAAAUAUGCAUUGAGUAUCUGCCAUACACCAAAGACUCUCUAGGUGCUGGAGUUAGGGACUAACAACAGUUAUAUAAAACCUAGCCUCUCACAGAAUGUCCCUCAAUAGACAAUUGUCCAUAUGAUGUUAGAGACUGAUAUUCAGGAUCAGCAAAGGGUACUCUGGAAGCUCAUGGGGCAGAUAAUGAAAACCUGGUCUUGGUGGACCUUGGGAGGUUUCUGAGAGGUGGUCAUCUCCAAACAGAGGUCUGAGAAACCUGUGGGAGUUUUCUAGGUUGAUGGCACAGGGAAAGCAAACGCAGGGGGCUUCUGGAAGAGGAAAGAGAGAGAGGUAAAACCUAGGUAAACCAUAAGAGCUUGGUAAGGUUACAGCAUGGGGGGAAGUGUGGGAAGGACAGUUUCUGCUGGCCCUGAAGGGGAGAGAGAGUGUUGAUGUGUGCUUACAUGGAGCUGUGUAUGUCUUACUAUGAGGUCACAGAGAAGGGUGAGGCCAGGAAGAGGAUGUGACAUUUGAGUUAGGUCACAAAGGGUUUCUAGGAGUUUUUGAAACAGACUACAGGUAGUCCAGGCAAAAGGAACUAUAAUUGCAACAAUAAAUGUGUGUAAAAGAAGGGUGUUUGCAGCUUGGUAAGGAACUGGAUGUACUUGGAGAAUGAAGUAUGUGGAACAGAGAAAGAAUAUAGUACAAAGAAUACAUUGGUGAGGAUCGGCAGGACAACUUGGAUUCUGUGCAAUGCCAUGAAUUUGUACAUUGGGCUCUUUACUGUGCUGGCAGCUGGGGCUGUUAGGGGUAGCAGUUUGGGAGAAGACUGGAGCACUGAAGGUUUCAGAGAAGAAAUUAGAAGUGUGCUCUAGAAAGAGAGUUCUGGAUAUCCUUCUAUUGGAGGAGCCCUGGAUUGUGAAUGAAACUCAGAGGGCUCUACUAGUUCGACUGCCUCUCCUCCAGUCUCUACCCCUGUCACAGGACAUAAAAGAAUGGUAAUACCAAACCAACCCCCUCUAACGGCAACCAAAAAGUCUACUUUGAAACCACAGCCUGCACCCCAGGCAGGACCCAUCCCUGUGGCACCAAUUGGAACACUAAAACCCCAGCCUCAACCAGUCCCCGCCUCCUAUGCUACGGCGUCCACCCCUUCAAGGCCUGCCUUCAACGUGCAGGUGAAGUCAGCCCAGCCCAGCUCUCAUUACAUGGCUGCUCCUUCAUCAGGACAAUUUUAUGGCGCAGGCGCAGGACCCCAGGGCUAUAACACUCAACCAGUUUCUAUCUCUGGGCAGUGCCCACCUCCUUCAACACGGGGGGGCAUGGACUAUGCAUAUAUUCCACCACCAGGACUUCAACCGGAGCCUGGAUAUGGGUAUGCCCCCAACCAAGGACGCUAUUAUGAAGCCUAUUGCCCGUCAGGGCCUGGCUAUGGGGGCAAAAAUGACUCUGAUCCAGCUUACGGUCAACAAGGGCAUCCGAAUACAUGGAAGCGGGAACAAGGGUAUACUCCUUCUGGAACAGGAAACCAGAACCCAGCCGGGAUGUAUCCAGUUACUGGGCCCAAGAAGACCUAUAUCACAGAUCCUGUUUCAGUGCCCUGCGCACCGCCACUGCAACAAAAGAGUGGACAAACAGGAUCCAUGGGGCCUCCAGCUGUUCCCCCUUCAUUCCGCCCUGAAGAUGAGCUCGAACACCUAACCAAGAAGAUGCUGUAUGAUAUGGAAAAUCCACCUGCUGAUGAAUACUUUGGCCGCUGUGCUCGCUGUGGGGAAAACGUAGUUGGGGAAGGGACAGGAUGCACCGCCAUGGAUCAGGUCUUCCACGUGGAUUGUUUUACCUGCAUCAUCUGCAACAACAAGCUCCGAGGACAGCCCUUCUAUGCCGUGGAGAAGAAAGCCUACUGUGAGCCCUGCUACAUUAACACCCUGGAACAGUGCAGUGUGUGCUCCAAGCCCAUCAUGGAGCGGAUCCUGCGAGCCACUGGAAAGGCCUAUCAUCCUCACUGCUUUACCUGUGUCAUGUGCCACCGCAGCCUUGACGGGAUCCCAUUCACCGUGGACGCUGGUGGCCUCAUUCACUGCAUUGAGGACUUCCACAAGAAAUUUGCCCCCCGAUGUUCUGUGUGCAAAGAGCCUAUCAUGCCGGCCCCGGGCCAGGAGGAGACUGUCCGGAUUGUGGCUCUGGAUCGCGAUUUCCAUGUUCAUUGCUACCGGUGUGAGGAUUGUGGUGGUCUCCUGUCUGAAGGAGAUAACCAAGGCUGCUACCCUCUGGAUGGACACAUCCUCUGCAAGACCUGCAACUCCGCCCGCAUUAGGGUGCUGACGGCCAAGGCCAGCACUGACCUUUAAGUUCAGUUAGUUGGUGGCGCUGAGAAGAAUGAAACACAAGAAACAAGAUAAGAAAAGACAUGGGAAAAAUACAGGAAAGGCAAUCAAA